UUAAUUACUGACAACAAAUUCUAUUUUCUCUUUUCUGCCAUAUUCUUGUUCCUCUCUAUAGCUUGUGCUUGAAAUCAGGAACAAUAAUUAACAACAUCAUGAAUAAUGUCACCAUUGUUGGUAGUGGCAAUUGGGGCAGUGUUGCAGCAAAGCUUAUUGCUUCUAACACCAUCAAACUCAGUUCCUUCAAUGAUGAAGUUAGGAUGUGGGUGUAUGAAGAAAUUUUACCAAAUGGGAAGAAACUCUCAGAUGUCAUCAACCAAACCAAUGAAAAUGUUAAGUAUCUACCAGGAGUGAAGCUUGGUAAAAAUGUAGUUGCAGAUCCAGACCUUUCAAAUGCAGUGAAAAAUGCAAACCUGUUGGUAUUUGUAACGCCGCAUCAAUUCAUGGAAGGAGUGUGCAAAAGACUUGAAGGAAAAAUAAGGAAAGAUGCAGAGGGGAUUUCGCUUGUUAAAGGAAUGGAGGUCAAGAGAGAAGGUCCAUCCUUGAUCUCUACUUUAAUCUCCAAUCAAUUGGGAAUCAAUUGUUCUGUAUUAAUGGGAGCCAAUAUAGCAGACGAGAUUGCCAAGGAGGAAUUUAGUGAGGCAACUGUUGGAUACCGUGGUAACAAAGUUGCGGCGGAGAUAUGGGUUCAGUUGUUCAACACUCCUUAUUUUAGUGUGACAUCUGUUCAGGAUGUUGAAGGUGUUGAAAUGUGUGGAACCCUGAAAAAUAUAGUGGCUGUAGCUGCAGGUUUAAUUGAUGGCUUGAAAAUGGGAAAUAACACAAAAGCGGCAAUCAUGAGAAUCGGUCUGAAAGAGAUGUUAGCACUUUCGAAGUUGUUGUUUCCAUCUGUUAAAGACAGUACCUUAUUUGAGAGCUGUGGUGUAGCUGAUCUUAUCACAACAUGCAUGGGUGGAAGAAAUAGGAAAGUUGCUGAGGCUUUUGCACUAAAUGGGGGAAAGAGGUCUUUUGAUGAACUUGAAGAACAGAUGCUUAAAGGCCAGAAAUUGCAGGGUGUAUUAACUGCAAAAGAGGUUCACGAGGUUCUGACCACUCGCGGAUGGGUAGAUAUGUUUCCUCUCUUCAAAGCAGUGUAUGAAAUCAGCUCAGGUUUCCUUCCACCAACAGCCAUAGUUGAGUUCAACAAUAACAUCCCCCACCAUAGAAAAAGCAAGCUGUAGUUCGGCGUCAAUCAUCAUCAUUAUCAUCCGUGGAAGCCUCAGAGAUCAUCGCAACUCAGCUUCAUUCCUCGGGGAUUUGUUAGAAUUAUUUUGAUAUUGAUUAAGGUAAUUAUUAGUUAGUAAUAAUUAAUAUUCUUUGGUUUAUUGAAGCUCUGUCAUGCUUCUUAUUACAGAAUUGAAGCUCAUAGAUAGCUGUAUAUUUACCAUUUUUGAGAAAAUGUUAAACAAACAUAAAGAGGGUAUAUAAACUGAAUGAAAAAUGCAUCCAU